CACAUAUAAACUAGAAAAAGUGGAUCAAAUUCGUCCAGUAAAUGGUCUUAUUAAUAUGUCACUGACUACUGCUUCGAAAGAUUUAUAUUUGUGUUAUGACCAAGGUUACCAGAUAUCAAAGUAUUCAUUGAUAACAUGGAAAUUAGUGGAAUGUUGGACAAGAAAUCAGUUCUUAUUGAAAAAAGAGGAUGAAUAUAUUCGAUGUAUAAGAGCUAAUGAAAAUGGAGCUAUCAUUGGAAUGACCGUACGCGAAAAGAAUUGGACUUGGAAAAUAAAUUUGUACGAUUUAAACAUGAAAUUGGUUAGACAAGGAUUACAAAUAGGUGAUGGCGAUGUAUUGUAUUCAAAUUGUUUAUUGACACCAACUUCAUGUAGUGAGGUUCCAAAUGGGAUAUGGUUAUUUAUCAACUCUGAUUCGGGUCAGAGUUGGUUGAUCGAUGAAUAUGGACGAAUCCGACAAAAUGAGGCGAUAAAAAAUGUUCGAAAUGCUUGUUUCCUACAGAAUUAUUUGGUUUUAAAAUCGAAAGAACCGUCAAAAUUGGGUAUUUAUCAGUUAUCAUGA